CUUCGUGGCGUCAUCAGCGCGCGUCCGGCUUGGCCCCGCCCCCCUGCGGGACGGGACGUCGCCCGCAGCGCCAUGGCCGGGGUGGGCUUCGAGGAGUUCUCGGUGCCCCCGGGCUCGGAGCUGGCGCUGCCCCCGCUCUUCGGGGGGAACAUCCUGGAGAGCGAGCUGGAGACGGAGGUGGAGUUCGUGGACGGGGGGCUGAGCGGGGACAACCUGCAGGACGAGGAGGAGGAGGAGAGCCAGCAGCGGCAGCGUGAGCUGGGCCGCCGGAAGAUUCAGGCCCUGGCCCGGCGCUGCAAGGAGAUCGAGCAGGUCAACGAGAGGGUGUUGAACCGACUCCACCACGUGCAGAAGAUCACACGGCGGCUCAAGCAGGAGAGGAGAUUCCUUAUGAGGGUCCUGGAUUCCUAUGGGGAUGACUAUAGACAGAGCCAGCUCACCAUUGUCCUAGAGGACGAAGGCAGCCCCAGCACAGAAGCCCCCACCCCAGGAAAUACCGAGAACGAACCUCCAGAGAAGGAGACCCCGCGGCGCUUCCCUGGCCCCCCACCAGCUGGUCCAGAGCCCAAGAGCCCAUCCCAGGCAGAGACCCCCACGGGGAAGAAGCGUCGCCGGCAUGGGCGUGAGGACAAGGAGCAGAGGGGCAGGCGGCUGGCCCCUGCCCUCCUCCCCAUGGAUGACUUCCCUGCACAGCUCAAAGAAGAGGACGAGUUCCCCUGUGACCAGGACACCGUGCUUGGCUCCAGCUGGCCCCAGCCCCGGGACAAACUCCUCCAUUACCCCAAGUUCUCCAGCCCCGGGGCCUGCGCUGAUUUCGACUGAACCCUUCUGAAACUGACCAGGCCCCUGGCUCCAGCCCUCAAGGGGUUAAACCAGGAGGGGUGCGGUCCCUCCCUGUGGACUGGAGGGGUUAACCCCCUGUACACCAGGCCCCUGUGCUGUGGGACCGACAGCUAAGCGGGGACAGGGUGGGGAGCCUCCAGCUGGCUGGGAGAAGGAGGUUUCCCAGGGUGGGUAAAACUCCUGCCGGAAUCUUUCAGGGUUAAAAGCCCCGCAGAGCAGGGCAGGUCUCGUGAUGAGGAAACAGAGACGUUGGUCUGGGCCAAAGCGCACAAACACUGAGUGAACUCCGCUGUACUGAGUUAGAGCAGGGGGUCGGGAUGUCUGGGUUCUGUCCCGGGGGGGGGGGGCAGUGGGGUUUAGUGGUUAGAGCAGGGAGGGCUGGGAUAUAGGACAGUUGGGUUCUCUCCCUGACUCCGGGAGGGGAGUGGGGUCUAGUCUUUGUUUGCUGUUUGCACAGCCCCCUGGUCCCUGCGUUGAUGGGACCAUUGUUGCUACCCCCCUAAUGAAUAAUAAAUGGAGUCAGGGA